GAACAAAAGACUGUUUGAUAAAAUUUACAUAAACUAAUCAAAAAUUUGCUAGUAUUAAGAUAUGUUAUCAGUCUAAAGAAAACUUAAUUAUGGUCGGCAAUUCACUAUAAAAGUUCGAACUAUCUUUCAAUUUAAGCAGGAUAUUCAAUAGCGUUAUCUUAUCUUGAUCGUAUAGACUUGCAUAAAUAUAACUUGCUGGGCCUAACAUAAUCAUUCAACUAUAUUUUGUCAUACCACCUUCUACACAAUCCAAAGAGAGGAAUUAGUAAAGUAUGUGCAGCAAAAUCAACUCAAAUCAAUCCACAGAAGAUCUGUUAUCUAUGAGUUUAAAAGAAUUAUUGAUUUUGAACGAGCAUGUCAGUCCAGGACAAAACAAGUUGAAUAUUCCAAGAAAAAAAAGAUAUCUCACACAAAUUGAUAUUACUAUUUCACGCAAUUUUAGGAAAAGCGUUCCAAACAAAGAGUGCUCAAUGAUCCAAGAAAUAUACCGUUCAGGAUCUGAUCCAAAAGCGGAUGAAAUAAAAUCUAAACUAAAUUACAACAAAACACACACUAAUAACUUUUCACAAUACACUGGAGCUCAACUUAGUAUUCGACCACAAAGUAAUAGAUCAACCCGAAAAGGAAGAAGAGAUUUAGCAAGUCCACUUUCAACAACAGGUCGAUCACUAAGAAGUAAUGUUCUACGGAAACAACACGGAAUCAGAUGUCGAAGCAUGCUUUUAAAGUUGUGAUUUCUCGCAAAUGAUUGAAAUAUUAAUAAAAUCGUAUUUUUCAAGUCAUUCUUUACAUGGCAAGUGCAAUAAGUUUAUAUUUUCAAUAUAAUUUUUACUUUAAAUUUGAAAUACGAAUUAUUUCUCUAUUUAUAUUAUUAAUCUAAUGUUCAACGUUUAUUCUAUUUUCUUGCUUAUUCAGCAAAUAGCUGGAUUUCAUUC